GGCCAAGUCCUCCGCACUCUUCUUCGGGAACGCCUUCAUCGUGUCCGCCAUCCCCAUCUGGUUAUAUUGGAGAAUAUGGCACAUGGAUCUUAUUCAGUCUGCUGUUCUGUAUAGUGUGAUGACCCUAGUAAGCACUUACUUGGUAGCCUUUGCGUACAAGAAUGUAAAAUUUGUUCUCAAGCACAAAGUUGCACAGAAGAGGGAGGAUGCUGUUUCCAAAGAAGUGACUCGAAAACUUUCUGAAGCUGAUAAUAGAAAGAUGUCUCGGAAGGAGAAAGAUGAAAGAAUCUUGUGGAAGAAGAAUGAAGUUGCUGAUUAUGAAGCUACAACAUUUUCCAUCUUUUAUAACAACAGUUUGUUCCUGGUCUUGGUCAUUGUUGCUUCCUUCUUUAUACUGAAGAACUUCAAUCCCACAGUGAACUACAUUUUAUCCAUAAGUGCUUCAUCAGGACUCAUCGCCCUCCUGUCAACUGGCUCCAAGUAGACAUGUGGCUUAGCACCCUGCUGUGUAUUAUGGGUGGUAAGGGUGAGAGACACACAAGAUAUUUUUAUAGUCAGGAGUUUGAGGGCUUAAAAAAAUGUAACAGAAUGUAAUUCAUUAUUUGUUUAUUGGCCUUUUGACAGAUUGGUGAAAUUAAAUGAAUUGAAAGGGAAAUUCAGAGUACCAGAACAUUUAUUAAAAGGCAAGAAGACUUGUAAUGUGCUGUAAUAACAAGUGGAGAAAAUAACUUGUUUCCUUGAUCUGUCAGAGGUCACAGUAACCUGUGGGCUGAGCUGUUAUUAUUUAUAAUAGUACCAAGAAGUUAAUAACUGGUUCUCUGUGUUCCAAGCGCAAUAUUACAACUUUUUUUGAACCCAUAAAUAUCAGAAUGAAUCCUCUUCCCAGGGGAUUAACGGAAGCUUCAUGUUUACAAGGUUUUGAAUUUGUUAGUUGAGACCCCACACACAGUUUGUUUUUUUCAAGAAAGGCAGCCAAGGUAGUAAGUAACCUAAAAAUAGUGCACAGGGCUAUGAGAGUUGGCCUGCGGGAUUAAAGCACACUUCUUCAGCUCUAUGACUGUGGCCCUGGGUGGCCACAGAGGUCAGCUUGACCCUGCCAUGUUGGUUUUAUGCGUUGUCACUGGAAUCAUUGUUUUCUGUGAGCAUGGUUUCACACCACUGGAAGAAUGUUAAGAGAGAGAACCUCUUCCUAAAUAUUGACAUGUUAAAGACCAAAGUAAUUUUUGUGAAUUUAAUUCUGGAAUUCUAAGAAUUCAUCAAGGAAUUUGCAGUGGUGUAAGUGCUUGUCAGCAUUUUUCCACUAGGACUCUUUAGUCCUCAAGUUCCUGUCUGUUAUGAAUAAAAAAUACUGAUCUCUGCAGCCCCAGAGAGUCCAGCUGAGAGCAGUACCAGUGUGUGUACAGAUAUUAUCAUUUAUCGCCUGUACCAUGAAUUGAAAAAUUUCCUACAAGUUGUGCCUCAGAGGAAAUGUAUUGCUGAUCUUUAGUUUCCACUUCUAAAUUUAAGGUGAACUUUAUAAAUGAUAUUUUUUUAUAACUUUUAAACAAGUAUUCAUCAGUUUAGCAUUUACGUAUGUGCUAUUAGAUGUGUUUGUGGGCUGCCUCCAAGAACUUUUGAAGGAAAGCAGGGGCAAGUGUACAUUUGCACAGUGACCCAGAUCGUCAGUGUCUUCAUCACUGCUUCUAGAAGUUGGCAGUUCUUUACUAUGCUGUAUCAUCUCAGUGCUACUGUUGGCUAACGUAGACUGAACAGGGAAGUAAGAGAUUGAUUGCAAAGUACAAUUGGGUAACACGUAGAGGUUCAUUUUUGUUACAUCCUCAGUUUGGCUGCUGGCAUGGAAUUUGUGUACCAGUACAGUUUACUUGAUGAAAUGAUUCUUUGACAAAUCUUAAGGGUAACCAGAGCUGGACCAAAUACGUUUUAAAUAGCUGGUGGCAAUUUGCCACUAGAGGGCAGUGCAUGUGGUGGUAGAAAAAAAUCUCCACCAUUCUUAGUAUAAAAACCGUGUCAGUGAGUUGGGGUGGUGAAAUAACCCAAUAUUUUCUGUAUAAUUUCUCUUGAAUUAAUAAAGCAAAAAUUUGUGGAAAA